AUUCUAUUUUAUCUUUUUUUUUCCCAAUGACCUACAACCCUGUCAGUGCUCUAAAAAGUGUCACAAACACAGAAAAAACUAUUCACAGUUUCUUUUUCUGUGGUUGAAAAGGGUGAACUACUGAUCAGAUUUAAUCAGAUCAACAAUCAUAGCACAAAUCAGCUACUCUCCACGACUAGUAGAUAACGAACAGACACACUUUUAUAUUUUCUUUUUAGUUUUGUUUUGAUAGGAUUUUGCUAAAUAUUGUUCAAUCUUCCUUUGUGACUUUCUACAUUUUCCUUCUAAAAUUUGUGCAGGCACAACCUGAAAAUGUAUUCCGUUGACAAAAAUAGAACUUUUUGCUAAAUAAUAGGUUUUACUGAUUUAUUUUCAAACUAUGGGGUUACAGUGCUAAACAAUUUAAUCCUAAACUCAUUUUAAAUAAUGUGUAAAAAUGUGUGUCGUAAUUAAUCGUGAAUAUGAAAUAUCGAUGAAGUUUAACCAUUAUUUACCUACUGUAAAUAUUACAUAAACAAAUGUACUGUUAUGUGGUUUUGAGUGCAACAGUAAUAAAAUUUGAAACUAAAUGGAUCUAAUUUGUUUCAUCUGAGUGGCACCUUCAUACUAUUUCUAAUUAUGUGAAGCAAAUCAAUAAUAGCGCCUAAGAAUAUGUGGAUGAUUAUUUUUUCUUGGUGUGCAAUUGUUACUUUUGUGAUGACAUUAAUCUUCUGUGCCUGUUGGAGAAAGAAAACAGUAAAGGAAGAUUGGCAUGGUCUUGAUGGUAUGGUCACACAAAAGAACCCAGAUGAGAAUGUAAACCAUCUUCCAUCAGCAACUACUUGUAUAGUUGAUGGCGUUAAUGGUGGCGAUCACUCGAACCCAAAUAAAAGGAAUUUAACAAAUUCUAGAAGAAGUUUACCAGAUAUUCCAUCCGAACAAAUAACUACAGUAAAUUGGGAUCCAACAGAUAACUCAUCGGAGCAUUAUGCAACUCUUGGACAGUAUCAAAAUGCAGCUAAAAGACAUACAAUAGCAAAUGGUGUCGACCAACGGCCCAGUAUUUCACAACACAGCUCCAUUAGUCAAAAUGAUGAUAAUUUUUCACCAUAUGAAAGGGUCAAAUAUGACAAAAUUAAUAAUUCUACCGAACAUCCCUACGCCCAGGUACAGCCGAAUACUUCAAGGCCAAUUUUAGUUGAAGAAAAUAAUGGGUCAUCAGAAGAACGAAUAAACUUAUUAAGGUCAGAGAUUAACAUAGUUGAUAGUUCACCAACACCCGCACGAUCACGACGUUCAUCAGCACAUAGCAAUGGCGGUUUGGAUAUACCUGCUGCUUCUGCAGUUGCUGGUGUUGUUGCUGCUAGUCCAGAGUUACCAUAUAUGACGCCGCCUGUAACACAAGCCAACUUUAGUGGGGAUUCUCAAGAUUCUUCAAAGGGUUAUACCAGUAUUAGUGUUCGUGAACCACUAGCCAACAUCAUCGCACAAACGAAUGAAAUGAAGAAAACAAAACGCGAAUUCGUAGAUCCCCAUUAUUCUACAGUAUCGGAUGAUUCAGACGACGUGUACACUACAAUACCAGACCCAAACAAUCCUAUCUAUGCUAGUGAAAGUGAGACUUAUGCUCGAAUACCGCCACUUCCGAUAACUGUUGAGGUUGAGAUGAAUCCACCACCCCCAGCACACUUGCAAAUACAACAACCAAACAUUGAAGACGAAGUUUCCACGUCCCCACCACAGCCACCACCAGUAGAUAGUCUAAGACAAGUAAAGGCUCACAAUCAGACUAAAACACACUCCCAUUCACGUCAAGCGUCAUCUUCAAGUUCCAUAGCCAAUUUAGGUUCACCAAAACCCGAAAAACGACAAGCCAACUCCCCUCUUCCACCACCACCGGCUGUUUCCAAUUUUGACUUUCAUAUUGAUAAACCGCAGUCCAUAAGAAACCUUGAUGACCUAUAUGCCAAGGUACACAAGACCAAGAAGGAAGAUGCCAAUCUGGAAAAAGUAGAAAAACGAAGUGUUACACCAGAAAGUACAAAUGUAGGUAGUAUAAGAUCGUCACUGGAGAGCAAGUUACACGAAAAGAGGUACAAAGAUCACAACUAUGAGACUUUAAAAAAGUCUCCAAGACGAACGAGUGAUCCAGGAUACGAAAAAAUUAAAAGUAAUAACGAUCCUGGAUAUGCUAGCAUUAAUGGGCCUGAAAGUGUACCUAGUUCUGACCCAGGCUAUGAGGUACUUAAAGAUAGAGCUCCUUCCGAGACCGAUCCGAAUUACGAAGAACUACGGCAUCGAACAUCAAACGCCAGUGAUAGUUCAGCUUAUACAAAAAUCAAAGAUUUAAAGGAUGGUUAUUCAGUCGUCAAAAAGAAUAAUACUUUGUCGGUGUGCAACGCAAUAGAUGAGCCAAAUUACGAAAGCAUGCAAAGUGAGCAUUCCAUAGAACCAAAUUAUGAAGGUUCUAAAUCGAAUAGCAGUGAGUCUGAUCCUAAUUAUGAAUCAGUUAAUCAUAACGAUCCUAAUUAUGAGAGUGUCAAAGAUUUGGACGACCCUCCAUAUGAAAGGUUAGAUGAGGAUUCGAGUAGGACGAAUUCAGAACUCUCAAGUUGUGAUAGGUUAAAAAAGAUGGAAUCGGAAAAGAACGAUACUUCUGAAAGUUCAAAUAGCAUAGGAAAAUCAUCCUCAGAGAAAACUGAUCCUCCAUAUGAGCAACUAAAUAACGACACUGAUUUAGAAACACCUGGUUACGAAAAAAUAGGCGCGAAAUCCCCCAUUACCAACUCGAUUAGUGAUUGUAGCCGUAAUUUAACGGAUCCAACAAAUAUUCACGAUGAAGAUGGCAUUUUUCAGAUGACGUAGCUGUAUUAUCAACUAGUGAGAAUCCAGUUGAUGCCUCUUCUCAUCUCCAAACCCACCUAAACCUACUCGCAGAAUGGUACAAUCAAUGUAAAAUUAAAAUCAAUGAAUACAAGUCAGUACAAGUAACAUUUACCAUUAACCGGGAAAUCUGUCCCCCACUUACACUUAACAAUACACACGGCCCCGUCAACACAGAAGUGAAAUCCCUUGGAUUGGAUAUCGACCAAACGAUAACAUGGAAUAAACACAUCCAAAUGAAAUGUAGGCAGUUGGAUCUCAAGUUCAGACAAAUGUACUGGCACCUUCGCAGGACAUCCAAAUUGUCAUUGAGUACGGUACGGUACGAUGUACGGUAUCCAUCACUGGGGAUAGGUACGCUAAAUUAAAGCACAUCACAACCAUACAGCGAUUUCAAUCGAAAGUCCAUAGGUAAAUAAAUUACUUGCGCAUCCUGGUAAGUCAGUAAUCUUACGAUUCACAAUGAUCUAAAUAUUCCCUUUGUAAGAGAUGAAAUACACCUGGCAGCGAGCAACCAUGAAAAUCGAACAAGAAACCAUGUGAACGAACUGAUUGACCAUCUCUACCAGACUGGACCAGCAAUCAGAAGACUCCAGCAAACGUGGUCACAAGAUUUAUUACAACAAUUAAAUAAACCUAUAAGGAGAAGCAUCAUUAGAUGCUCCUCCUUUCAUGCUUACAAAUUCAUUCACAUUUACCUAAAACUCUCAAGUAGAAAAUUAUUGUAAAUAAAAGUAAAAAAAAGUAUUCCCAGUAGUGCGGUUGUGUGAAUGAUGCAAAUAGACGCAACGCUCGAGGUCUUGAUGACACUUUUUUGGGACGUGACUGUGCUGUAUCAUUGCUGCGUUAUAUAAUUGUUUUUAAAAUUA